CAAACCUCGUGUUGUAUUGUGGGAAGAAGUUUUGCCCCUAACAAUCAUGGCGGACGCUUUUGGAGACGGUUUGUUCAGCGUGUUUGACGAUGAACAACAAACUACCACAAGUAAAAAGAUACCCGCUUCUCUGACUCCAGAAAUCGGGAAAGUUAUUACUAAAAAUGGCGCUGAAAAAGAUGCUGGUGCUGCCAUCAAGAGGGAGGCGGACAGUGACGGAGGAGAGGAGGUUCUGUUCGGGAAGAAAGCCCGACAAGACACCGUCUCUGCCAACGACCUGAAUCUUGCAGAGUUUAUGCCCCAAGUGAAGGUGGAGCAGGUUGAGACUGUGGAAGGAUGCUCGCACGAGGUCGCUCUGCAGAACAGCGAUGAAUACAAACCCCUGAAGCCACGAGUGGGGAAAGCAGCCAAGGAAUACCCUUUUGUUCUGGACCCCUUCCAGCGCGAGGCCAUCCUGUGCAUCGACAACAACCAGUCUGUGCUGGUGUCGGCCCACACCUCUGCUGGAAAGACUGUCUGUGCUGAAUAUGCCAUCGCCCUGGCGCUCAGGGAGAAGCAGAGGGUGAUCUUCACCAGCCCGAUCAAAGCUCUCUCCAACCAGAAGUACAGAGAGAUGUACGAGGAGUUCCAGGACGUGGGUCUGAUGACGGGAGACGUCACCAUCAACCCCACCGCCUCCUGCCUCGUCAUGACCACAGAGAUCCUGAGGAGCAUGCUGUACCGAGGCUCUGAGAUCAUGAGGGAGGUGGCCUGGGUGGUCUUUGAUGAGAUCCAUUACAUGAGAGACUCAGAGCGUGGUGUGGUCUGGGAGGAGACCAUCAUCCUUCUCCCCGAUAACGUGCGCUACGUCUUCCUGUCGGCCACCAUCCCCAACGCCAAGCAGUUUGCAGAGUGGAUUUGCCACCUCCACAAGCAGCCCUGCCAUGUCGUCUACACAGAGUACCGCCCCACUCCGCUGCAGCACUACAUCUUCCCAGCAGGGGGCGACGGGCUCCACCUGGUGGUGGAUGAGAAUGGAGACUUCAGAGAGGAUAACUUCAACACAGCCAUGCAGGUGCUGAGAGACGCCGGGGAUUCUGGGGGAAGCGGAGGAGGGAAGUGGGACCCGAGAGGACGGAAAGGAGGCACCAGAGGUCCGUCCAGCGUGUUUAAGAUCGUGAAGAUGAUCAUGGAGAGGAACUUCCAGCCCGUCAUCAUCUUCAGCUUCAGCAAGAAGGAGUGUGAGGCGUACGCUCUGCAGGUGGCCAAGCUCGACUUCAACACAGAGGAGGAGAAGCGUCUGGUGGAGGAGGUGUUCAGCAACGCAGUGGACUGUCUGUCAGACGAGGAUAAGAAGCUCCCCCAGGUGGAGCACGUGCUGCCUCUGCUGAAGAGAGGGAUAGGAAUCCAUCACGGAGGUCUGCUGCCCAUCCUGAAGGAGACCAUCGAGAUCCUGUUCUCUGAGGGACUCAUCAAGGCUCUGUUCGCUACAGAGACGUUCGCCAUGGGCAUCAACAUGCCGGCCCGCACCGUGCUCUUCACCAGCGCCCGCAAGUUCGACGGCAAGAACCACCGCUUCAUCACAUCGGGCGAGUACAUCCAGAUGUCCGGGCGAGCCGGCAGGAGAGGAAUGGACGACCGAGGGAUCGUUAUCUUCAUGGUGGACGAGAAGAUGAGUCCGUCCAUCGGCAAGCAGCUCCUCAAGGGGACCGCAGACCCUCUGAACUCGGCCUUCCACCUGACCUACAACAUGGUGCUGAACCUGCUGCGGGUGGAGGAGAUAAACCCCGAGUACAUGCUGGAGAAAUCGUUCUACCAGUUCCAGCACUACAGGGCCCUACCCGGCGUCGUGGAGAAGAUGCAGAAGUACGAGGCGCAGUACAACAGCAUCGAGAUCCCCAACGAGGAGGGCGUGGUGACCUACUUCAAAAUCCGACAGCAGCUCGCCAAGCUGGGCAAAGAGAUCCAGGAGUUCACCCACAAACCCAAAUACUGCUUACCCUUCCUGCAGCCUGGCAGGCUGGUCAAGGUCAAAAAUGAUGACGCUGACUUUGGCUGGGGGGUCGUUGUGAACUUUUGCAAGAAGUCGAACGUGAAGUCCAGCACGGACUCUGAGCCGCUGUACGUGGUGGAGGUUCUGGUUCACUGCAGUAAGGACAGCGUGAAGGAGGCUGCCACGGAGGCGGCUAAACCUGCAGCUCCAGGAGAGACCGGGGAGAUGCAGGUGGUCCCAGUGAUGCUGCACCUCCUGACCUCCAUCAGCUCCGUCCGUCUGUACAUCCCCAAAGACCUGAGGCCCUUCGACAACAGGCAGCUGAUGCUUAAGUCCAUACAGGAGGUGCAGAAACGCUUCCCAGACGGAGUUCCCCUCCUGGACCCAGUGGACGACAUGGGCAUCAAAGACCCAGCGCUGAAGAAGGUGAUCCAGAAGGUGGAGGCCUUCGAGCACCGCAUGUACUCCCACCCCCUGCACAGCGACCCCAACCUGGAGUCCGUGUACUCGCUCUGUGAAAAGAAAGCUCUGAUCGCAGCAGACGUCCGGACGGCGAAGCGGGAGCUGAAGAAAGCCCGCACCGUGCUGCAGAUGGACAAACUGAAGUGCAGGAAGAGAGUGCUGCGACGCCUCGGCUUCGCCAGCCCGUCCGACGUCAUCGAGAUGAAGGGACGCGUCGCCUGUGAGAUCAGCAGCGGGGACGAGCUGCUGCUGACGGAGAUGGUGUUCAACGGCCUCUUCAACGACCUGACGGUGGAGCAGGUCACGGCGCUGCUGUCCUGCUUCGUCUUCCAGGAGAACGCCAGUGAGAUGCCCAAACUGACGGAAACCCUGGCUGCUCCUCUGAGACAGAUGCAGGAGUGUGCAAAGCGCAUCGCCAAGGUCUCUGCCGACGCCAAGCUGGAGGUGGACGAGGAGACGUACCUGAACCAGUUCAAGCCGCACCUGAUGGACGUGGUGUUCGCCUGGGCCAACGGAGCCACGUUCGCUCAGAUCUGCAAGAUGACCGACGUCUUCGAGGGGAGCAUCAUCCGCUGCCUGCGGCGUCUGGAGGAAGUCCUGAGGCAGAUGUGUUCUGCUGCCAAGGCCAUCGGGAACACGGAGCUGGAGAACAAGUUCGCUGAAGGAAUAACGAAGAUCAAGCGGGACAUCGUGUUCGCUGCCAGUCUCUACCUAUAACCGCCUCAGCUUCCCAACACCUGAGCAGUUUUAGUUCUGAUUAAAGACCACAGAUCUACCUUUCCACAGCGGGCAAAUAACGUCCCAAUUAACCCAAAAAAUGUUCUUUAAUUGGAUUGUCAUGGGAUCCGGUCUUUCUCUGGUAAUUGCUUAACGAGGACGUGAACACACGUGUGGAACAUUCAUGCGUUUAUUAGUGGUUCAUAAUACAACAUAUGUGGGAUAUAUCAGGCGGGGGGGGGGGUAAACAAAAAGUCAUGCUUUCAUUUAAAAACACAUUUCUGUUCAUCUUAAGUGAAAUGGCUUCUUUUAGACAUUUGUACAUAUUUGUUUUGAAUAAACGUCUGUACGGUGA